AAAACUGACUCAGAAGAAAGCGAUCUUAAAUCUUGGAAAAGGGAUCAAAGUGAGGACAGAAUAACCGAGUUUGAUGAAAUGUCAAGAGUCAGAGCCUGAAGAUCCUGAAGUUGACCAAACCGAAGAGAAUGUUUCAUCUGCACGGGAAACCGAUUUUCAUAAAAUUCAAAACGGAGACUUUGUAUUAGCUAACUUCUUUGGAAAAAGGAAAAGUUACAAAUAUGUGUGUCUGAUUAUAGAAGUAUCUGAUGAUGAAGCGGAAGUAACAUGUUUACGUAAAAUGCGAAAACCAGAGAAAUUUAGGCUCGAAGAAAAAGACAAAUGUUCAAUUUUAUUGUCCGAUAUCAUUCAAAAACUAGAACGACCCAAAUUGGUACCAUAUGGAGAUAACCAGAAGUAUAUUUUCUCAAGUGCUGUAGACGUAUCUGAACAGUAGAAUGAGCUGAGUUACAACAAUAGCUAUAUUUUAUGAAAAAUUCAAUAAGUUACUUACCCAUGUUUUACACAUUUUUAAGCUAAAAUAUCG